CACUCCUCGCUUGCGCUCCAAGCCUCACGCGGGGAUGGGACAGGGAAGCGGCUCCUCUCUAGUGAUUCUGGCUAGUGAGAGUUUGAAUGGCUGAAUAUUCACUCUCCCCAUAAGAAGUUUGAGCAAGUAUUCCAGUGUGCAAAAGUAAAAGAUUUCAUCACAUCCAAGGAAAAAAUAUUAGAAGAUUUUUCAACAGAGUUGAUUAUUUCAGUGUGAUAAAUGUUAUGUAGCACUAUGUUUUGGACAGAAAGCAAGCCAAGAAAGAAGAUGUGUUUAAAAGAAAAGAACUCUAGCUGUGAUGAAGAAGAAUUUACAGUGCUUAAAAUAUUUUGUUCUCAUGCCUUCUGGAAUUUGAAUUAUUGUUUGAUUCAGUGGUUUCACAAUUUAUUUUAGUUUACACCUGCUGUUCAUUAAGUCAUCACACUACACAUAUAUCUGUAAUACAAAAAGCAUAUGACAUAAAAUCUGAGGAUCAUAUUUGAGUGCUUUCCUGUAACUGGUAAUAAAAACUGGACAAUGGAAGUAAUGGGUUUUAUUUGUGUAGGAAUGUUGGGGUCAUUAUUUUAUUUUCAACUAAUAACUCCUGCAGAACAUGAGGAUAUAGUGAAACAUGCAAUAAAACUGCAUCGAGGGAAGGGAGCUGCUGUUACUCAGAGAAAACAGUGGCUUGUAGAAAACUGCAGAAAGCUAUCUGGACUCUUACGUCAAAAGAAUGUAGUUCUCAACAAACUGAAAAGUGCAAUAAGAGCAGUGGAAAAGGACUCGGGGUUGUCACUUGAAGAAAGGACUUUUCAGGUCCACACAUUUGAGAUUUUUCAAAAGGAGUUAAAUGAAAGUGAAAACUCAGUCUUUCAAGCUAUCCAUGGACUCCAAAGAGCUCUACAAGGGGAUUACAAAGAUGUUGUGAACAUGAAGGAAAGCAGUCGGCAGCGACUGGAAGCCUUGAGAGAAGCUGCAAUAAAGGAGGAAACAGAAUAUGUCGAGCUUCUAGCAGCAGAGAAGCACCAAGCUGAAGCCCUGAAAAAUAUGCAGCAUCAAAAUAAAAGCCUGUCUAUUCUGGAUGAGAUUCUUGAAGAUGUAAGAAAAGCAGCUGAUAGGCUGGAAGAAGAAAUAGGAGAGCAUGCCUUUGAUGACAACAAGUCAGUUAGAGGAGUUAAUUUUGAAGCUGUCUUAAGAGUAGAAGAAGAUGAAGCAGAUACAAAAAGAAACACUUCCAAAAGAGAAGUGGAAGAUGAUUUGGGUCUGAGUAUGCUCAUUGAUUCACAAAACAAUCAGUACAUACUUACUAAACCUAGAGACUCAACCAUUCCACGUGCUGAUCAUCAUUUUGUAAAGGAUAUUGUGACCAUAGUUAUGCUAUCUUUGCCUUGUGGUUGGCUGUGCACCACAAUAGGAUUGCCAACUAUGUUCGGAUACAUUAUUUGUGGAGUACUUUUGGGACCAUCAGGAUUAAACAGCAUCAAGUCAAUUGUACAGGUAGAGACAUUAGGAGAAUUUGGUGUGUUCUUCACAUUAUUCCUGGUUGGUCUGGAGUUUUCCCCUGAAAGGCUAAGAAAGGUGUGGAAGAUAUCCUUGCAAGGACCUUGCUACAUGACCCUCCUGAUGAUUGCAUUUGGUUUACUGUGGGGACACUUGCUACAAAUUAGAGCAACACAGAGUGUUUUCAUUGCUACUUGUUUAUCAUUGUCAAGUACACCAUUAGUAUCCAGAUUCCUUGCAGGGAGUGCUCGGGGAGAUAAAGAAGGAGAUAUUGAUUAUAGCAGUGUUCUACUGGCAAUGCUGGUAAUGCAGGAUGUACAGCUUGGCUUGUUUAUAGCCAUCAUGCCAACGCUUAUUCAAGCUGGAGUUGGUACACAUUCCAGCAUUAUCAAGGAGGUACUAAGAAUAUUGAUGCUGGUUGGACAGAUUCUCUUUUCUCUGGCUGCUGUGUUGCUUAUAUGUCUUUUUUUAAAGACUUAUCUAAUAGGACCCUACUACCGAAAGUUACACGUGGAAAGCAAAGGAAAUAAAGAAAUCCUAGUCCUAGGAAUAUCUGCUUUUAUGUUCCUUAUGCUAAUGAUCACAGAGUUAUUGGAUGUCUCAAUGGAACUGGGCUGUUUCCUAGCAGGAGCACUUAUUUCUUCUCAGGGUCACAUGAUUACUGAAGAGAUUACAUCUUGUAUUGAACCUAUACGUGACUUUCUUGCCAUCAUUUUCUUUGCAUCUAUAGGCCUUCAUGUUUUCCCUACAUUUGUAAUAUAUGAACUCACAGUCUUGCUGUUUCUUACACUUUCAGUAGUUAUAAUGAAGUUUUUCUUGGCAGGCCUUGUCCUUUCUGUGAUUCUCCCAAAGAGCAGCCAGCACAUCAAAUGGAUUGUAUCUGCAGGCUUGGCUCAAGUUAGUGAGUUUUCUUUUGUCCUGGGAAGCAGAGCCCGCAGAGCGGGUAUAAUUUCACGAGAGGUCUAUCUUCUUAUACUGAGUGUGACAACUCUAAGUCUAUUGCUUGCACCAGCACUCUGGAGAGCUUCAAUUAUGAAAUGUGUACCAAGAUCUGAAAGAAGAUUAAGUUCUUGAAGAUGUUUAAUUAAACAAGGUUCUACAAAAGAAACAUCUUUACAUUCAUUACAUUUCUCAGGCAGCAAACAAAAUAGGUUUAUUCUCCUCAACUUAGAAGCUUUAUAUUGCUUUCAUUUUAUAAAGUAAAACACAUAUUGUAAUUUUUGGAGUAUAAAAGAAAAACAUUUCUGUCAAAUCAGUUCUGAAAAUCUUACCUGCUGAUUCAGUAAUUGACUGAUGUGCCUUUUUAUUAUUUUCAGUCAGUACAGAAAAUUCAAUUUACAUGUAUGGUGCCUGUGGUACUGUUAAAGAGCUCUGCAAUGCAAGUACUGUACUAAGUCUAACAUCAGCUACAGAAACAUUUUAAGUGCUGUAUACAUUUCCAGUUACAGAUAAAGAUGAAAAAUGCUUCAUUUGCCUAAGGAGUAAAACUGAAUGAUGCAACUUAAAUAAUGUUAUUUUAAUUUGUAUCUCUUUCAUAUUUGUAGGUUCACAAACAAAAUAACCAUGAUCAGAAAAGGUUUCUCAGUAUAAAAAUAAAGAACUACUUGUAUUGAUUCUUGUUAAUUGUUUAAAACCAAAAUACUGUGUAGAAUUAAAACUAUUUUUGGAAUAUA